AUGGAUCCCACAACCGCGGAAGAGAGGCUCCAAAAAACGGAGGAACGACCCAAAAAUCUCGAGAAGAUUGCUCUGAUUGGUAUCGAAGCCCAGGCAACAGCAACGGAGAUAAGUGGCGAGGAAUUCAAAAAAGCUAAAGAGUUGGUACUAGAGAUCUUGGAGGAGAAUCAGGAGAUCACUUACGACAUUGAAAGCUCUACCGCGGUGGAUAAUGCUCAGCUUGAAGAAAUCCUGGCUCAACUAAAUAGUGAGAGGGAGAAGAAUAGCGAACUUCAAAUCUCAUUAGAGGAUUCAAGAAAGGUGGUCCAAACCCUCACUACAACCAUUCGAGAUAUCCAAGGUAACAUUAGGGUUUUAUGUAGGAUCCGACCUGCGACAAAGAACACCCCCGCAGAAGAUGUUGUAGACUUUGGUCCAGAACUGAAAAGCGAUUAUUCCCAGUACUGGGGGAGAAUGGCCAUUCCAACUACGAGAAAAAAUGUUACGGGGGCCGUAAUCCCGGAUAAGCCAAAAGAAUACCAUUUCGAGCGUGUCUUCAGCACGUCGGAUACCAACGAAGACGUAUUCAAUCAUAUCAGCGACCUAGUUGUGUCUUCCAUGGAAGGCAAUAGGGUUGUGAUGCUUGCUUACGGACAAACUGGUUCUGGAAAGACGUUCACUCUUACUCACAAAGGUGUGGACUCUAAAGAAGACGGAGUAAUCCCAAGAGCCUUAGCUUUGAUGUUCGAGACCUACGGCCAAUCAACAGGGGAUGUUGACCAUUCCAUCGAGGUAAGUAUCCAGGAGCUUUACUUGAACAAGAUAUAUGACCUCCUACAAGUAGCCGAGACGGAAAACAGGGAAGAGGGCAUCAUCCAUGCAAAUACCUCUAAGAAAGUGCCACUAUAUUCCUUCGAGCAGGCCCUGUUAUCAAUCGAGGACGCCAUGAGUUACCGGGAAGUGUCGUCGACCGGCAAGAACGAAACUGAAAGCGGCAUUCUUAGCGUUGUCGACCUCGCGGGAAGCGAGAGGCCCAACGAGAUGCAAUUGGUCGGUAAUCUUCGCGACGAAGGGAUCGGAAUCAACCAGUCAUUAAUGAGCUUGAUUAAGCUUAUCCAUUCUAUUGGCGCUGGGAUUAAUCCCACGUACGAUACGCAGCUCGUAAAGGUCCUGAGGCCUUUCAUCGUCCCGGAGUCAAAGGUGGUCAUGUUUGUCAUGAUCAGCCCUCUGAAAACCGACCUACAUGUCUCUUUUCAGACCCUCGAGAAGGGACAGGAAGCUUCGAAGGUAAAGAUGAGCUCGGUCGGCAAAUCCCAGGGCCCCUCUCCGAGUCCCAGACCCCGGCCGGGGCCAUCUCCGCGACCUGUAACUCCCACCCCGUCCAAUUCUUCUGGGAGAGGAACGUCCCCAUCAAGAGGCAAUAAGACACCUGUGCGAGGCGGGCAGUCUUCAAGGACCAAUUCCCCGUUGAGGGGUCAUGGCCGGAAUUAG